AUGGCUCAGAUCACCGCAUCCUUCGAGCAAAAAUGCGAUUCAGCCGAAAUGGAAAAGAAGGUCUGCCAUCCUGCUGGAGGAAGGGGAGAAGUCGUAUAUGACGGCGUCAGAUUGGAGGAGCUCAUACCACUUGUGACUGGCCCAUUAAAGAGGAUCCAACGAAACUACGAGCUGCUUCUCAGAGGAAUGAGAGCCUGUGGUGAAAGUGCCUCAAUGCCUCGCACAAGGAACUUGGAACUAUUUCGAAAGCCACCAAGGAUUUGCUAG